AUGUCUGAGCCCUCGCGAGGAUCGGCAUCCGUCCCAACUCUACGAUUCCCCAGGCCUCAGGGCAACCAACGCCUUGCCAACUGGAUAUCUUCUAGUUCUCCAGACAUUAUGGCGCAGGCCUUCUUCGUAGAUGAGGACAGCGCGGUCGACUCGUACGAGCUUAUCAACACAGACGGCGAGACAGAAUCUCAAGAUGGCUUGACGGCCGGCUCUACAGCCAGCUCGUUGGACCUUCUUGCUCGCCCGAGCGACGACGAGAGCCUUUCAGGUGUUGACCAUAUAUACGAGUACGAGACUCACGACGCUAAUAUCCACGCUGAUGAGCCUCAGGACUAUACAGAGGAGGCAGAGCAAGUUACCACACAUGAAGAUGAUGAGUAUGAAUCGGAGGUCGAUUUGGUCACUCCGGCACAGACAUGCGAGGUCGUCAAAGACAUGGAGGUUGUUCCCACCAAGCCUUCAAAGCCUGUUGAGCCUCAAAAGAUGAGCAAGGCCCAGAGUGGUGGCAAAUAUACCAUCAUGGAUCAUAUUCGACGCUACGCCCAAAACCCAGACUUUCUCCAUAAAGCUUGGAUUGUUAUGGCUGUCCUCGCGUCUUUGAUCGCUGUUACUACUUUCAAUACGAUGGGAGCCGCGCUCAUCAGGUCCCCUAUCGAAGCGUGCGAGCAGCCUAUUCAAGGUCAAGUCCAACAGGCUCUGAUCACACCAAUUGCAGCCAAGCCCACGACAACCGUCACUACUACUGUAACGACCACCUCCACCGUACUGCCCCCAGCCUUUUCGGACCUCGCCAAAAAGUUGACCGGUUCUGCGGAGGGAGUGGCCAAAUCAGUCGAGCAGAACUAUUUGCCGACGCUUUUUGCAUAUGCCAGCAAAAUUCGUGGCGAAGUGGCAGACUGGGGAAGAACUCAUGGGCUGACGGGUGACAAGCUCGUCAAAGCUCGGAACGAAUUCAAGGAUAGGGUUACUCCCUAUAUUCGAAUUGCCGAGGACAGCGCCAACGACUUCAGACUGAAUGUCCUGAAGGCCCAAAUUAAAUCUAGGCUUGUUUGGCUUCAGAUAAGAGGAGAAGUGACCGAGUACCAGCGGUAUCAGACGCAGGCUCGAGAUUACCUCAAAGCCAAACAUCAUCAAAUGCUGACGUUACGAGCUUUGCGGGACCGGAAGUCCACGUCGACAUCCCGAUGGGGAAGGAGCCACCUGCGUCAUAUCUUUCAUUAG